UGCUGAAAUUCUGAGCGGAUUCAAUACGUAUAAGCUCUUUUAAAAUAGUAUUUAAAGUUUGGAUCUGCUUAGAGAGUAGUAAGUACUCAGGACUAACUCUGUUUCCAGUGCGAUGGAAGAUCUUCUUCAAAUCUUUUUGCGAUUGGUGUUUGAUAGCUAGUACACGUUGGACUUUGUCGGAAAAUGGUUGUUUACCUUCCUUCACUAGUAUUUUCUGAGAGUGUUGAGCAUGAAUUCGAAUAAAUUCGGUGUUAAAAUUACCUAUUAAAGCAUCUAUCUCAUAAUUUUCAAUACUUCUGUUUGAUGUGAAGUGUUGAGGUUGUUUUAAAACAAGGUUCGAACUAUCAAGAUUAUGGACGAGUUUAAUUGGGAAAUGAUCUGAAAACGUUGCAAUGGUGUAGGUGUUGAAGUUGGGGUUACUCAUAUUUAGUAAAUGUCCGUUUGGAUACGAUGGCGCAGAAUCACAAAGGCGUGUGACUUCUAAAGUGUUAUCAUCCAGCCAGGAUCGUAGUACUCUUCCAUUAGAGUUAUCUUGUAAGUCACCCCAGUAGUGGAAUUCUCUAAUAAUUUUUUCUAUCGAAUCGGUAUCGUUCAAUACCGAAUAAUGUCGGUUGAGAUACCGAUUGUGUUAUUCUAUAAAUACAAGUAACCGACGGAAAAAAUCGAUAGCAUUUACCGACGAAUAUCGAUGGAAUGACAAGUGUCAAAAAAAUAUAUGUCAAAUUCUUAUUUGAAAAUGGAUAACAUGAAAAAAACACGAUGUCCCAGGGCAAGCAUGGCGCAACACGCAGCGCUGCUCAAUUUUCUGGAGUCAGAGAAGGGUUUGGCCGAGGGAAAGUUUGUGGCUAUGCAUGGGAAGGAAAGUGCAAGAAAAAAGUGGUUAGAAAUUGCUGAAGAACUAAAUAAAAUCCUUGGAGCGGUAAAAGCUCCAGAACAGUGGCAAACGGUUUGGCGCGACCUCAAGUCUAAAACCUCAUCAAAAUUUAAGACCUUAAAAAGGGAAAGAAAUGCCACUGGUAAUAUGCCGCUUACAAAGGGAUUCCUCAACCCUAUCGAGGAGAGAGUAGUAGCCAUAGUUGGAUGGGAAUACAUGAUGGGUAACAUAGAAUGUCCUGACAGUCUGGAAAUUGAAGUGGAAAAUAAUCUUAACGCAUUAAUAAAUGAAGACACAAGCCAACAUGAUAUAAACACCAACAUGAUAUAAACAUGAGGUGCAAGUCUUGGAGGAUGAGAUUGACGCAUUACAAAAUCACACUUCUUUCAAACAUAGCACACAAGAAAUCGACAAAUCCUCGUAUAAUAAACGUCUGAAGAAAGACAGCAACAACAAGGAAGAGUUUUUGAAAAUAGCCAAAACACGAGCUGAAGCAUUAUUGAUCCUUGCCAAUGCCCAAAAGGAAACUGCACAGGCAAUGGUUAAAAUAUUGGAAAACUUUGCGUUUCUUGGUGAAAUUUUAGCGGCUCAAAAUAGAAUUGAAAAUUGUGUCAAUAUUAUCGAUCGGCGCUUAACAAAUAAUGAGAAAUAAGUGCAUAGCAACCUAUGCAUAUUUUACGAUUUUAUAUACUGUAACAAUUUUUCUAUUAUAAAAUUAUUUUAUGUGCUUAAGAUACUAUGUACAUGUGUAAAUAUCAGAAAUGUAAAAAAAUAAUUUUAAAUAAA